CCCACAUGCUCAUAGUGGAGAAUGAGACACCGGAUAGCUGCAUUGAGUUUAGUAGUUGCCAGAUCUCGGUUAGCACAGGAUGGCUGGAAACGCGUGGAGGUCAACGGUGUCCCGUGUGAUGGGAGCUAUGAAGAGUCAGACCCCGCAGCCCCGGACCUUCUCCAGAGGGAUGCAAACAGUAACGUUAAUUCCUGGAGAUGGAAUCGGACCCGAGAUCUCCACUGCAGUAAUGAAGAUAUUUGAGGCAGCUAAGGCCCCGAUUCAGUGGGAGGAGAAAAAUGUCACUGCCAUCCAGGGGCCAGGAGGCAAAUGGAUGAUUCCUCCUGAAGCCAAAGAGUCGAUGGACAAAAACAAAAUGGGAUUAAAAGGGCCCCUGAAAACACCCAUUGCUGCCGGUCACCCGUCCAUGAACCUGCUGCUGAGGAAGACCUUUGACCUGUAUGCCAACGUGCGUCCUUGCGUGUCCAUUGAAGGCUAUAAGACGCCCUACACUGAUGUCGAUCUGGUCACCAUUCGGGAAAACACAGAAGGAGAAUACAGCGGGAUUGAACACCUGAUUGUGGAUGGUGUUGUGCAAAGUAUUAAGCUGAUCACAGAAGACGCCAGCAGACGCAUCGCUGAGUACGCCUUCGAAUACGCCAGGAAUAACCAAAGAAACAGCGUCACAGCGGUUCACAAAGCCAACAUCAUGAGAAUGUCCGAUGGUCUGUUCUUGCGGAAGUGCAGAGAGGUGGCUGAGAAUUUCAAGGAUAUAAAAUUCACAGAGAUGUACCUGGAUACAGUCUGUCUUAAUAUGGUGCAAGAUCCCUCUCAGUUUGAUGUGCUGGUCAUGCCUAACCUUUAUGGUGACAUCUUGAGUGAUUUAUGUGCCGGGCUGAUUGGCGGUCUUGGAGUCACACCUAGUGGAAACAUCGGAGCCAAUGGAGUUGCUAUAUUUGAAUCCGUACACGGAACCGCCCCUGAUAUUGCAGGCAAAGAUUUGGCCAACCCCACCGCCCUGUUGCUGAGCGCCGUCAUGAUGCUGCGCCACAUGGGACUGCACAGUCACGCUCAAAAGAUCGAGACCUCCUGUUUCGACACUAUACGAGACAAGAAAGUCCUGACUAAAGAUCUUGGUGGAAACUCGAAGUGCUCAGAGUUCACGGGGGAUAUUUGCAGAAGGGUGCUGGACAUGGACUGAUAAUGUGGCUUUGUCGAAUAUUAAUACCAACUGUGUUUGGAUCUAAUCCAUAAAGGACAGACACUCAAAAAAAGUUAAUCUUCGUAUCAUUCUCAUAUCAGCGCACAAUUCUACUAUCUCCUAAGUGUCUAUGUAUUUUCUUCAAAACCACAAAGCACUGUCUUAAACUUGUCAUUCGGUGACCGUAUUUGUGAGCUGUUUUAAUCUGUCAAAAAAGGAAUUGCGUAAUCUAUACUCUAUUUAUUGACUGGAUAUUUUCUGGGUUGAUGUAUGUAAUUUGCCACCCUGUCGUGUGGUUUCUGACAGAGUAAUCUUGUGCAAAUGAGAAUAACAAAUACAUAAUGCUAACCGUUA